AUGCAAAUCAAAUUCUUAUCUCUUGCUAGUUUGGCCGUCCUCUUCGCCGCUGUUUCUGCUGCUCCUCCACCAGCUUCUAGUCAAGAAGGUGCUACUCAAUACGUUGAUGGUCCAGAUAUCAGUGACUCACGAAGAAGUGUUCCUAGUAGUGGUGAUGAGGCUACCUUCAAUGCCCGCGUGGAAGCCAUUCAAAACGAUCCUGAGAUUAAGAACACCUUGGAUUUCUUGAUUCAACAAAUUUCUGGAAAAUUAAAUGAAGGCUCCUCUCCCUCUGCUCAAUCUCCCAAUGGUCUUUAG